CCAACUAGAGUGGCCGUUGAAAAGCUUGAACACAUUUCAACCGUUGAUCGUAGGCGGCUACAAUCUCAACCAUCCAAAUUUCCUUUCUAUUAAAUAAACCGCGUUUAUAUAUAUAUAUAUAUAUUUGUUUUUUUUUUUUUUCUCUCGCGCGUUUUCCUCUUCCCUUCCUUGAAUUUACUGCGAACUUCCAUGAAAGCCUAUCUCUAACUCUCUCUUUCUCGGUCUCUCUAGCUUUUGUUUUUUAAGGUCUUCGUUCUCGAGCAUCUAUCUUCCUCGUGUUCGUCUUUCAAACAAACUUCAAAAACAACAGCUAGCGAGAAGUCAGAUACACGACGUCGUUUGCCGUCUGUGACUGUGAGUACUGUACGUACGCACGGAUAUGUCGGGUGCUAACCAGACCAACGCCGGCGGUCAGUUCAGUGAUUUUCCGGCGGUCCAGACUCAUGGAGGCCAGUUCGUUCAGUAUAAUAUAUUUGGAAACCUCUUCGAGAUCACCUCCAAGUAUCGGCCCCCGAUCAUGCCCAUCGGUCGCGGUGCGUAUGGUAUUGUCUGCUCGAUUAUGAAUACGGAGACCAAUGAAAUGGUUGCCAUCAAGAAGAUCGCCAACGCGUUUGAUAAUCAUAUGGAUGCUAAGCGUACGCUUCGGGAGAUCAAGCUUCUUCGCCAUCUUGAUCACGAAAACGUUGUGGCCAUAAAAGAUGUGGUUCCUCCACCUUUACGGAGGGAAUUUACUGAUGUCUAUAUAGCUACCGAACUCAUGGACACCGAUCUCCAUCAAAUUAUUCGUUCAAAUCAAAGUUUAUCAGAGGAGCACUGUCAGUACUUCUUGUAUCAGAUUCUUCGAGGCCUGAAAUACAUACAUUCAGCUAAUGUUAUUCACAGAGACUUGAAGCCGAGCAACCUGUUAUUAAAUGCAAAUUGCGAUCUUAAGAUAUGCGAUUUCGGGCUUGCUCGUCCCACGGCGGAGAAUGAGUAUAUGACAGAGUAUGUUGUCACUAGAUGGUAUAGAGCACCUGAAUUAUUGUUGAACUCUUCGGACUACACUGCUGCGAUUGAUGUAUGGUCUGUGGGUUGCAUUUUCAUGGAGCUUAUGAACAGAAAGCCUCUAUUUCCAGGAAAAGAUCAUGUACAUCAAAUGCGCUUAUUGACAGAGCUCCUUGGCACACCAACUGAGUCUGAUCUUGGGUUUGUUCGAAAUGAGGAUGCGAGAAGAUAUAUAAGGCAACUGGCUCCAUUUCCUUGUCAGUCAUUAGCCACGGUUUUUCCACAUAUUCAUCCAUUGGCCAUAGAUCUUGUUGAUAAAAUGUUGACAUUUGAUCCUUCUAAAAGAAUAACAGUUGAAGAAGCAUUAGCACAUCCUUACCUAGCAAGACUACAUGAUGUUGCUGAUGAACCGGUAUGUGAAGAGCCAUUCUCGUUUGAUUUUGAGCAACAACCCUUGGGGGAACAACAAAUGAAGGAUAUGAUUUACCAGGAGGCCAUAGCACUUAAUCCGGAGUAUGCCUGAUAUGAAAAAUAGCAUUCUUUCUCAGUUUCUAUACAAAGAGAUUGGAAAUUUUGCAAGUUUUUGGUAAAAAUGAUCGCUAUGAUUGAAAGAUUUCAAUGUUAUAUUUCAUGAAAUAUAGGAUGCGGCUCAAUCAACUAUGAUUAUCCUGUUUGAUCUGCAUAAUUUCUUAGGUAUAUAUUGAUUCCGACAGGAACAGCCUGUUGGUUGUAAUAGGCCUCCAUGUUAAUUUUUGAGGUCAUAUAGCCCUUUUUUUUUUUUUUUUCGUCAACUUAUUUGUUCCUUGAUGUGUUUUGUAUCUUAAUUUUAUUUUUUGAUAUGUUAAAUUUGUGCUAUGCAUAUUUGAAAGAGUGCAACUCAAAUUUAAUGAGAAUCAGAUUUUUUUUUUUUUUUUU